AUGAUCUCAAGCCUAGCAAAGACCCGCAUCGACGAUCUUGUCACUGAGGUCUUCGACGCCGCCCACGAGCGCGCUCAGGGGUUCGCUGCCAUGAUGUGGCAGAGCCUUGUCGAGGAGGAUUUCGGUGCUGGCGGCCUUGCCAUGCGCACUGAGAUCGCAGACGACAUCAGAGACAGGGUUGCUGCUGAGGGUGAGAGCGUUCUCCGCAACACUCGUGAGCUCAAGGGCUACAUCACGGAGGUCCUGAUCACCAAGAUCAACGAGAAGGUCGAGGAGGAGUUCAGCGUUCCUCUCCGCGCCUGGGCCUCUCGCUAA